UCAGAAAGUUCCAGGCAGCUGAUAAAAAGGGCCAAUGUACAACUCUGACUCACCUCACCCAAGGGAGACACACACCCAAGAAAACGAAUUCAUUUCAAAUACCCUCAUACCGUUCUGUCAGUUAAAGUGAAUGUAAUGCCGCCCUAUAUGAUUAUUUUGCUAUACAAAGACAUACACAUCUAAGUCCUAUGAUGACACAUGUAUCCCUAUCUUUCAGAGCUUACAGUCUGUGAGAUGCAUAGAGCACAAGUAUGAGGAAUCUCUGUUGCCUACCUUGUUUUCCUUUCUAAAUGAGUCCUACGGGCCACUUGUUUUUCUGAAAUGAGUAUCAUGGUUCUGUAGGGCAGCAGGUUGGGUCGCAUUCCUAACGCAUCUGCUUCUGGAGGAACGUAAAGAACGUCAGUCCUCGCUUUCUAUUUGUGCAGCUAACAAGGAAGUUCUGCAGGUGAAAAAUUGCUUUCUUCUCUCUCUCUCCUUUUCCUGGAGAACAAAGUUUACUGAGUCAGCUGCAAGGAGGUACAUUCUGGAAGUGCCUAUGUUUCUUGUUGGCUAAUGGUGGCUAGGAGUUAGUUUUGUAGGAGAACUUUCCCUACAUUAUGGAGUCCUAUCUAAGGGAACACUUAAACUGCAUGAAUUGCCUUUGGGACAGGAUCUGGCCUCCUGGAAACCCUGCGGUAAAUGAAACCAUAAUUGACUCAGUGGUUCAGGAUUUUAAUACCUCAAGGACAGACAUAGUCACAGCCCUGUACAGUUUUGAUGCCCGGAGUACAGAUGAGCUGACAAUUCAGCAGGGUGAAGAGCUGUGCAAGUUGAGUGAUGAAGGUGACUACAUCUUGGCCAGGAAACUAACAGGCAGUAUGGAAAGUGGGUUGGUUCCAGCAUCCUACGUAGCUCAGUCCAGUCUUCCAGGUGGUCACAACACCAUCCAGGAACUCUGGUACUUUGACGUCGCAAAUCGCAAUGAUGCUGAAAGGCUGCUCUUGAGCCCUCCAAAUGCUCAUGGCUCUUUCCUUGUGCGCUCCAGUUAUAGCACCCCUGGACAGUACUCACUAUCUGUGCGCAGUGAGGACAAAGUCACCCACUUCUGCAUCAAUGUUAGUGCCAGGGGCGAGUUUUAUAUUCAGAAUGAAAAAUGCUUUGACUCCAUUAAAGAGCUUAUUAACUUCUAUAAAGUAAACUGGAAACUCAUCAAAAGUCCUUUGCUCAUGCCUUGUGUCUGGGUUGCCUAUCAAAGAGACCAGUGGGAAAGGCCACGCAGUGAGUUCAUUCGGAUUAAGAAACUGGGAGCAGGGAAUUUUGGAGAAGUUUGGGAAGGCCUCUGGAAUAACAAAGAUAAAGUUGCCAUAAAGACCUUCAAACACGACAACAUCAAUGAGAGUGAUUUUAAGAAGGAGGUUGAUGCUCUCAAGAGCUUGUGUCACAGGAACCUGAUCCAACUUUAUGCAGUUUGCUCAGUAGGAGAACCGGUCUAUAUAGUCACUGAGCUCAUGUCGAAAGGAAGCCUUCUGCAGUUCCUGCAAGGUAAUGAAGGACGUCAUUUAACAGAUGCUAAUUUCAUGCACAUCAUCUCUCAGGUGGCAGACGGGAUGGUGUAUCUGGAGAGCAAGCAUGUAGUGCAUCGAGACUUAGCCACUCGCAAUGUGCUUGUGGGGGAGAAAUUGGUGUGCAAGAUUGCGGAUUUUGGGUUAGCCAGACUACUCAAGGACGACUUAUACUCACUGCAAGUUAACAUGAAGAUCCCAAUUAAGUGGACAGCCCCCGAGGUUAUAACACACGGAAAAUACUCCACAAAGUCUGACAUUUGGUCGUAUGGCAUUGUGAUGUAUGAAGUCUUUAUGUUGGGAGAGAUGCCCUACCCAGGAAUGAAUAACCAAGAAGUGAUAGCUGAAGUCAUCUCAGGAUACAGACUUCCAAAGCCAGAUCGAUGUAGCUCAGAUGUUUACAAGUUGAUGAUGGAAUGUUGGCAGGAAAAACCUAGCCAAAGGCCGAGCUUCUAUGAAGUUGUGGAGAAACUGACUCCAAUCCAGCGUAGCAUCCGAUGAAAAUCAUGGUGUAUCUAAUCAGGCUGCAAUUUGUGGACUGCCUACAUUAUAAAACAGUAUGUACGCUUAAAACUGAAAGUUGUAUUCUAGGAGAAAUACUCACACCCACGAAUAAUAUAUAAAAGAGAGUAGGGAAGGGGAAAAAAAUAAAGUUCUCAUUUUAGGAGAAGACAAUGCACAUCUGAUGACCUACGGCAUUCAUUAAAACAAAAUUACAUUGUCAAGACAAUGACUCAAAAAAAUGUUUUUCUGGAGUUUGCAUCCUUACUUCUGCUUGCUAAACUAGGCUCUAGGGUUCAGUAACAGCUGGAAAGUCAAGCAUGUGUUGCACCAUUUGGUUUAGCACCCGACAGAUGUUGCAUUUGGUUUCUUCUUUUUAUUUUGCAUUGUCAAUACCCACUACCUAUAGGCUGUGUUUUGGCUAGUGUUUCAGUCAUGAUCUGGAAUUCAUAUAAAGUAUGGGAGUUGGCUCCAGCCAUGAGACAGUAACAGGCCCGGACUGGCAAUCUGUGUGUUCUGGCAAAUGCCAGAGGGGCAGCUAUCAGGUGCCAUAGAAAGUCACUAUUAAGUGGGCUGCUGGGACCUGUUUGGGCUUCUUUGUACUUGGAAUGCUAGGGCCUAUUUUGGACAGUAAUAUGGGCUACAAUUUUCUAGCAUUAAGAGCAUAAUGAUGAAUGACAUCUAAAAGCACAGAUACAAAGCACAGAGGUAUUGCUGAUUCGAGAGAGGGAAGAGGCAGGAGAGCAGAGGUUCAGCCCUGUACAUGGAAUUCUGUACUGCUGCCAAUCAGACAAAAAUUUAGGAGCAAAUUAUAAGGAUGAUGAGAUGCAGAAAGGAACAUGAAUUGCACACAGGGUGUUUAGUAGAGCAAAGAACACACACCACAUUCAGGGGGUAUUUAGACUCACACCAUGCUUGCAUAAAUUCUAGAUAUAAUUCUCGGGGUGUGCUAUUUAUAUAAGUGACUAAACUACAGAGACACUGGUAGUAAAUCUGCCUGGAAACUGGCACAGUUAGUAAAAUUAAAAAUAAAUAUGCACAUUUUAUUAGAAUAUGCUGUUUUUCACACAAUCUUACUAUAUUCACACAGGUGCUUUAUAACAUAGAGAAUGCACCAGCUUUUAGAUGCCAAUGACUUGUUGCUAAUUCACAUCCUUAUAAAAACAGACUGUCGGGCUCCCAAGAGCAGGUCUCUGGUUCUUUAUUUAUCAUUAAUAAUACAAUACAACUAUUUAACAAAGAAUUAUAGUGUUUUGAACCAUUUUUGGGUUGCAUUAUGUAUUUGCUUUUAUACCAUGACUGUAGAAAUUGCCUCCUUCCUCUGAAAUGCCUAUAUCUCAUUUUAUCAGUGUUUCUGACUGUGAAGCAGAAUGUUAGGAUAUCACUAUUUUCAA